UUGCGACCAGGGUCUCUAUAUAAAUAAAUUAAUGAUUGUCUUAGCUUUCUUUCCUCCUAAUAAACGUCCCAUACUACCUCGGUGCUACAUGCCCUCAGGAACGGCUAUUACCUAUCAUGACUGGUUACACUUUCCUCGAUUGGUCUGCCGAUGAGACCAUCUACGCUAUCCGCCACAGGCAUAUAACAGCACGCAAAUAUAUAACUAGUGUGCUUAGUCAAGCGAACAAAGUCGCGCCUCUAAACUCUAUUAUCAAUCUUCUGGCAGAUGAUGCGCUCACCGCUGCCGAUGCAAUCGACCAAAAAAUCGCUCAUGGACUACCACUCGGCCCUCUAGCAGGCCUCGCCAUUGUCGCCAAAGACAACAUCAAUCUAGCUGGCCAUCUUACAACAGCAGGCACACCGGCUUUAAAUUGCAGUCGACCUGACACGACUGCGCCAAGUUUGCGCAAGCUCAUUGCUGCCGGGGCCAUCGUAAUUGGCAAAGCAAACAUGCACGAGCUCGCGCUCGGUAUCACAAGCACGAACUUCUCACCAUUUGCUGGCGCCGUCCACAAUCCUUACAACGACAGCAUGAUCCCAGGAGGAUCGUCGGGCGGCACAGCUGCGGCAGUUGCAUCGCGAAUCGUGACUUGCGGCCUGGGCACUGACACUGGCGGUUCCACCCGCAUUCCCGCCGCUCUGACAGGCACUGUAGGCUUCCGCCCCUCCGUUGGCAAUGGCGGACGGGAACGUCGUUAUCACGAUGAAGGCGCUGUUGUGCCUAUCAGCCACACUAGAGACACUGUUGGCACCCUAGGCCGUUGUAUGGCCGAUGUGACACUGCUAGAUUCUAUUAUUACUGGCGGGCCACGUGCGAAUCCAAUUGAUGUGUCUGGUGUUCGAUUUGGUCUACCGCCCUCAUUAUGGAAUGACUUGGAUAACCAACUACAAGCUGUAGUCACAGCUGCAAAAGCUAGCCUACAAGCUGCAGGUGCGGUCUUGGUCGACGCUGAUUUGCCUGAUCUGUUGGCUCUUGACGAUAAAAUAAGCCUUCCACUUGCUCUCCACGAGCCGAUUGCUGAUAUUCCGGCCUAUCUCAAGGCUAACGGGUAUACAAAUAUAACAUUGGCAGAUAUUGCUGCUAAAGUUGCAAGUCCGGAUGUUGCAAAACUUUUCGAGGCUAUCUCAUCUGAUGCAUUCGGCUCUCAGUACAACGAUGCGAUCAAUAUUCACCGCCCUGCGCUCCAGCACAUGUAUCAACAAUAUUUCACUAGCAACAACCUAUCUGCUGUUCUCUUCCCAACAACUGUGCUUCCUGCCAGGCCCAUCGAUCUGAUUCAUGGAUCAGGCAAUGUAUCAAUCAAUGGCGGGCCACCUGUCGAUGCAUUUGCGACGUACAUUCGACUAACCUCGCCUGGAAGUGAUGCAGGUAUCCCGGGCCUAUCUAUCCCAGCUGGUUUGACUAGUGAUAGACUGCCUGUCGGUAUUGAAAUCGACGGGCCGCUGGGGAGCGAUAUGACACUUCUUGGCCUUGGGUUGACUAUAGAGAAGAAAUUUGGUCGCCUUCCACCACCCCCUGGAUGCUAGCAGGAUAUAUGUUAUAAUAUUGUUGUAGUGGAUAGAAUGAAACAACUGCUCAUAAUAAACCACUCGUCUUCUUCAGUGCGCCAUAGCCGUUAUCGAGUGAUCGUAGCUAUUACCUGCAU